UUUUAUUUUUGGAAGAUUAAUUUUAAUUGUAAGUUGAGAAGAUCAAAAAUCAAAUGCUAAUCUUAAAAUUGAUUAAAUCAUUUAGGGAGUAGUUUGGACUUCGCAUUUAACUUGAUCUUAAUUUUCUUAAUACACUUAACCAGAUUAACUUUAAGUUAAUUAUUAAUUUUUCUCAUUAAUUGUUGUUAAUGAUCACAGACAAUAGUUAAUUGUUGUAAAUUAAGUAAAUAAUGUGAGUCCCUCUAGUGAAUGAAAAAUUAACAAUGAUGAUGAUGAGAUGAAACCUGAACCAGAAUCAAUUGUUUGAUCAAAUGUUAAGACAACAACAUAAGUUUCAAUUCAUUUAACAAGUUUCUUGCUUACUAACUGUCAACAUGAUUAACUAAUUGUUGCUAACUUUCAUUAUCCAAUGAGUUUAUUUUAUUUCCCCAAUGAAAGUGACGUUUCACUAUUAACGGUGUUUAUGUUCAAUUCAACAAUUAACUUGUGAUUUCCUCUUGUGACUUUUAAUUGCUUCUCGAAAACAUGAAUGAUAGAAGUACAAAUGAAAAUAUCGACGACGAUGAAUCUUAUUUAGAUCCUCGAAUUGAAAUAAAACUUGAAGAACUCAACAAAUGGACAGGAAAGAUAAAUACAUUGGAAGGUCAUUUCGAACAAGCUAAUGGUCAAUUUAGAAAUAUUCUAAGUGAAUCAACUGAUCGUUUGAAACAAUUAUCUAAUAAAUUAGGUAAAUCAAUCAAUAAAUCUCGUCCUUAUUAUGAAGCUCGCGAUCAGCUGAUUGAAAUUCACUCAAAGUGUCAACGAGCAGCAAUUAACUACGAAAAAGCAUGUGAAUCAUAUUUGGAAGCCAAAGAGAGAAUCAAAUCAGCGGAAAAAAAGUUCCUUUCAUUUAAAUAUCAACAAAAUAACAACAAUUACAAUUCAAAUCAUCGCCCUCGUCACCCCGAUAAUCAUAAUCAUCAUCAGAAUCAUUGUUGUCAUGAUUACAAUGGUGAAUUUGAUACUACCUGGCAGGAGAAGCUCAAUCAAGCUAAUGUCAAGUUAAUCGAAGCGGAAUUAAUGAAGAGGGAAAGUGAAAAAGUUCAUUCGCAAUCAAUGAAAGAUUUUCAAUCGAUGAAAAUGAUUGUGCUCAAUUUGGAACGUAAAUUAGCACGAAACCUUCAACGAUCUAAAAUCUAUUUCGAUGAAAAGAAAAGAUUCCAACACCAAUUGGCACUGAUUAAAGAAGAUAUUGAAUUAACUGUGAAUCAAAUUAAUUGUUCCAAAUCACGAUAUGCAUCAACCUUAAGGGAAUUGGAAUCAAUCUCAGAGGAAAUUCAUAUGAAGAGAAAAUUUCGAGGUGAAGUUCGACAGACUCGAACUUCACCUCGAGAACCAGGAGAUGGAGCCGAGGAUAAAAGCGAUAAAGAGAAUCAACAACAACUUCAGAAUCGAAAUAUUAAAUAUUCUCAAAGCGAUUCAAUAGAAAAAAACCUCACCUUAAGAUUGAAAGAUUCAUCAACAUCUCGAAUUGAUGUUACUAGUCAAAAGAAUCUUUUCUGUUCAUGUAAUAAUCUCAAAAAGAAAAAUUCAAAUUCUAUCAUCUCGAUGGAGAAAAAAGUUCCAAUGGAAAAACAAGAUAUCGACUUCCUCGCGAAAGUGUCGCAAAAGUGGCAUCUCCAUUAUUCUGACACUUUCGGUCCAAUCUAUUGCAAUCUAGUUCUUAAAUAAUGACUAAUUAGGCUCGUCGAUUUAUCCAUUCGAUUGACAAUAAAUGAAUUUUAU